UUCGAUUUACCCUCAUUUUUCCAUCAGGGCCUUAAAAACACAUAGCAAGGGCCAUGCAAUUCCCCUUCCUUUUACUGCUUCCACGUUGCAACGAACGCCGCAGGAGCUCAUCCAUCCGUGUAUCAGUUUGCUGAAUUAAUGCUGCUCUGGAGUUUCCAUUGCUCAAGCACACACACACCCCUCCUCUGCCCCUCGGAAAUAAGCUUCGCAGGAACCCCAGUAAAGAGUCGCCAAGGAGCGCAGAAGAGGUGGAAACAACGGCAGCGUCCGGGCGGCAGAGCCUCCGGGCGUCAAAAAGCCAUAGAGGGCAGCGGAGGAGGAGGAGGAGGAGGAGGAUCAUUCUGGGGCCUCCGUGCUUCUCGCGCCCGCCAGGGGCACGUGGGCCUGGGGCCUUCCGUUGGAGGAGCGGAAGGAGGGGCUGCGCGCGCGCGCCUUACCUGAGCUGCCCAGGUGAGCCACUCAGGUGAACGCCCUCCUCGGCCCGACGCUCACCUGGGCGCUGCCGAACCUCACGAAGCGGCCAAUCGCAGGCCAGGGUUUUUCGCUCGCCGCCCUGGCAACGGAGCGCCGCCGCCGCCGCCGUGGAGAAGGAGGGAAGGAGGGCAGAGGAAGGCACGCUCGCUCCUUCCUUCCUUCCACGCCGAAGCCGAAACCGCUUUCUUCGCGUUGCUGGCACAGUUAUAAGGGUGGGAAUCCCAGGCUCAAGAAAAUUUGAUGUUGGUUCCCAACUACAUGGAUUAUUUUUUUUGUCCGCCAGACUACAAUGCAAGUGCCUAAAAAUUAUCCCUAAAACCAAAAUUGAAUGCACACCAUUGAUCCUAAGGAAGUAAAUCCCAUUGAAUCCAAUUGAACUUCCUGUAUAAUAUGACCAUUUUAUGAAGCAUCUAACUACCUCUAUGAAUAAAGAAUAGCAUCAUUGGAAGCACUUGCAUACGUGGACAAGUGGAGGGUGGGCAUGAUGGCUUUCGUAAGGCUGCUAAGACGAUUCACAAUGAAACAUUUGUCCCCGUGGAAACUUUGGAAGUUUACCUUCAUUAUUUUUAUCUUCUUGAUAUUUUUGUUUCUGCUACAAAGAGAAGUUGGCAUUCAGGAUUUUAAUGAGGAGCCUGGGAGCCCAUCAAAAGAUGGAAAGAUUAAUAAUGUACUGGGUCUAGUAUUAAAAGCUGUGAACAAUAUUAAAGUUGCAAAGCCAAAAAUGCAGAUUAAAGCGCCUAUUAGGCAAAUUCAAAAGGCAGGACAGAAGCGCUGUUUACCUGGCUCCUAUACAGCAGCAGAACUGACACCUCACCUGGAUCGACCCCCUCAGGACUCUAAUGCUCCAGGGGCUUCUGGUAAACCAUUCAAAACGGUCAAUUUAAGUCCAGCUGAGAAGGAGGAAAAAGAACGCGGAGAUGAAAAACAUUGUUUCAACGCUUUUGCAAGCGACAGGAUUUCUUUACACCGGGAUCUUGGACCAGACACACGACCUCCUGAAUGUAUUGAGCAAAAGUUUAAACGCUGUCCUCCACUACCUACCACAAGUGUUAUCAUAGUUUUCCACAAUGAAGCAUGGUCUACUCUUUUAAGAACAGUUCACAGUGUGAUGUAUACUUCCCCUGCAAUAUUACUGAAGGAAAUAAUUUUGGUGGAUGAUGCCAGUGUAGAUGACUGUCUUGUUGUCUUUUUAGAAUACUUGCAGGAUAAAUUGGAUGAUUAUGUGAAACAAUUCCAGAUAGUUAAAGUUGUCCGGCAAAAGGAAAGAAAGGGGCUCAUCACUGCUCGAUUAUUAGGCGCUUCAAUAGCAACUGGAGAAACCCUCACUUUUUUGGAUGCACACUGUGAAUGUUUCUAUGGCUGGCUAGAGCCAUUGUUGGCCAGAAUAGCUGAAAACAAUACUCGUGUUGUAAGCCCUGAUAUUUCAUCUAUAGAUCUAAAUACAUUUGAAUUUAUGAAACCUUCCCCUUAUGGUCAAAACCAUAAUAGAGGGAAUUUUGACUGGAGUUUGUCAUUUGGAUGGGAAUCUCUUCCUGAACAUGAAGGCAAGAGAAGGAAAGAUGAAACGUACCCUAUUAAAACACCCACUUUUGCAGGAGGCCUCUUUUCAAUAUCAAAGGACUACUUUUACAAAGUUGGAAGCUAUGAUGAAGAAAUGGAAAUAUGGGGAGGAGAAAAUAUAGAAAUGUCUUUCCGAGUGUGGCAAUGUGGGGGACAGCUGGAAAUUAUACCUUGCUCAGUUGUGGGCCAUGUAUUUCGCAGCAAGAGCCCCCAUACCUUUCCAAAAGGGACUCAAGUGAUCACCCGUAAUCAAGUUCGUCUUGCAGAAGUCUGGAUGGAUGACUAUAAGUAUAUAUUUUACCGGAGAAACACAGAAGCAACAAAAAUAGUUAAACAAAAAACGUUUGGUGACCUCUCAAAAAGAUAUGAGUUAAGGCAACAAUUACAAUGUAAAAACUUUACGUGGUACCUUAGCAAUGUUUAUCCUGAGGCAUAUGUACCAGACUUGAAUCCUCCAUUAUAUGGAUUUUUAAAAAAUGUUGGAAGAAGAACAUGCCUGGAUGCUGGAGAAAAUAAUAAUGGUGGCAAACCAUUGAUUAUGUAUACAUGUCAUGGGCUUGGAGGAAACCAGUACUUUGAAUAUUCUGCAUAUAAUGAAAUUAGGCACAACAUCCAGAAAGAGCUGUGCCUGCAUGCUUUAUCAGGAGAAGCACAACUUCAUGACUGUGGCUACAAAGGGAAGAACAGCAGAACCCCUCCCGAAGAGAAAUGGGAGAUCCGAGAGGACCAGUCGUUGUACAAUGCAGCCUUAAAGAUGUGCCUGACAGGAAAUAAAGAACAUCCAAGCUUGGUGACGUGUAACCCCUCAGACGUCUUCCAAAAAUGGAUUUUUAGCCGAAACAAUUAAGUACUGGUAAUUAGGAGAUGUUUUAAACGGGAACUGUAUCUCCUUCAAAAUUAUCCAGCUUGAACUUAAAUUAUGCAGAGUCAUCUUAACUGUAAAAAAUAAAAAAGCAUUUUUACUUCAAAAUUAAAAUGCACAAUUUAGCUGGCAAGAAAUCCAAGGAAUACUUAAGUUUCUUGAUUCUUAAAAAAAUGUUUACAAAUAUUGGAAAUUAUAUUUCCAGUAUAUAUAUUUUUGUAAGACCUCUGUCUUUAAGACACAAUUCUCAGUGGUUUGGGGAUAGUUUGUAAAAGUUUUACAUACAUGCAUUCACAAACACAUUCUGGUCAAUAACUGAAGAAACUUGUUGAUAGAGGUUACGGAGAUGAUUUCCCCCCCUAUAUUAUCUGAAAAAUAGAGUGCCUUAUAGGUGUUCUUUAUAAUUUAAACUGUGACAGCUUUCCUUAAAUGACCAUCCCUGGUUUACACAUUGAUCUAGUUGGCUCAGUGUUUAUAGCAAGAAAUAUCUAUGAAGUUUAUCAAUUCUUCUGAAACUAUGAAGUUCUAUUACCACUCCAAUGAAUAAUACUUUCUUGGUGUUAGCCCCUUGCAAACUGGUUGGGUCUCUGUAUGCUGCUGUUUUUGGUGUUCUGUUGUUCAUUAUGCUUAUCAGUGGUGAGCUUUGUAUGUUUAAGAUUUUUGAAACUGAUUACAAAAUUGUUCUCUUUUGGUUGAAAAUGUGUUUAUUGCUUCUCCUGAUAUAUCACAUUACUUGCUUCUUAGACAAUUCUGGCAUCUCUCAUUUUUUUUCUAUUAUGUGUGGGUUCCAAGUUUCCAUAUCUCUAAUUCCUAUUUUCCUCUUUCAUGUGUUCAUAAUUUAAAACAUGACCCUUUUAAUUCAAAACUAUUGAAAACCAUUUUAAGUAACUGGUGUCUUUCAUCAGAAAUUUGUAAUUUUUUAACUACACCUACUGGGUUUAGAGUUAGGAUUAUUUGCUUUCUACAUGCAAGGAAUUUUAACAAAAUAUCUUACUGGUUGCACAUUCUGUGAUUAAACACCUUAAUUAAGAGUCAGUAUUCAGCACUUUUUGCUGCUUAGUGUGAUGGGUCAAGAAUGCUGAGAAAAAUAGAGGGGUUUUCAAGUACAAUGCUACAUCAGCUCAUGGAUUUUCACUCGGGCAACUAGAUUCUUCCUCCACAAAUCUGCUCCAGAGGGUUGGGGAGAGCCCCUGGAACAGAUUUAGAGGGCAUGCUGGGGAGGAGAACAUUACAUUGUGAUAGAAUCAGAUAAUUGGAAUUACAUUUGACCCACCCUUAGCAAUUAAACCAAGAAGUUGCAAAUAAAAGCUCACUCUUUGUGAAUAAUUCCUCUAGCGUUUAAAAGAGAGGGGACGGAUGCCACCAUGGAGGAGCUUUCCCCCCUGAGCAUUGCAUUUAUAUAUUUGCUAUUCAUUCAUAGAUUCCUGUGCUGUGUUUCAUGUGUACACAGAGACCUUACAAAGCUGGCCCCAGCUCUUCCCCAUGGAGGAGUUAGAGGGUUGCCACCAGAAAUGAAAAUUGCUCAUCACCACCCCAGGCAUAUGUGGAAGCACUUUCUGUGCUCUUGUGGGCCUUUCUGGAUACCAAAGCUGGUCUUCAGAUCUUUUGGGUUACAACUCCUGUCAGCCCCAGCCAGCAUAGCCAAUGUUCAGGGGUGAUGGGGGGGGCUGUAGUUCAAAACAUUUGGAGGACAUUAGCUUGGGGGAGGUUGUUACAGCACUUGCCAUCUCAAGAAGCUGAUAAAGCAGUUUUCUUUAUUUUGGUAUCUCUGGUUUUAAACAACUACUUGAGGCCUUGCAUAUACACUAUUGAAAGCUUAUUGUUGAGAUGCUGCUUGCAUAAGCAGAGUUUUGCAAUGUGGCAGAUGGCUGAAGCAAAACUAUUGUUCUUCCUUAAAAGUAUGUUUUCUGUUUAUACAGUGGUUUUCCUCUACUUUGUUGAUUUGGUGUUUAUGUCACAAAGUUAACUACUACUUUUUCUUCCUCUGUGCUUGCAUUGCCCCAAACGUUCAACCAAAACUAUAAACUGAGGCUAUAAUUAUGACUUCAUAGCACUUCGUUAUAUUUUUAUCUUUUCCGCAGCAUGCAGUUCUGCUGUGUCUCUACCCGUUAUAUUUUUAUCUUUUCCGCAGCAUGCAGUUCUGCUGUGUCUCUACCCCACCACCGUACUGGUCUUCCAUCUGAUUUAAACGUGAUACAUUUAACUACAGUUGUUCUAGGCUGAGUUCUUAAUUCUUCCUUGUACUCCUAAGCAUUUAUUUCAGGUAUACGUGAUAUGCUGUACAGAACGCCUCUUUAAUUUUGUUGCAUAAACGUAAUAAAAUAAAAAUAUUUUGAUGCAAAAGCUACCCUUUGG